AUGAGUGAGCUGGGCCUGCAAACGCCAAAGGAUAAUUCCGAAGCUCAGCGGCUCUCCUAUAUAACCACCAAAGAACAUUCAUUCAAGAGAAACGCCGCGAAACCCCGUGGUUCCAAAAGAUACAAGACCUCUAAGCAGAUCGUCGCCGACGAAAUUCGGUACCUACAAUCGAAGAAACUCGCUAUCGACACUCCCACUUGGACAUCGAUUGUGGCUCCUCCGAGCUUGAAACCACAAAAACAUUACUGUGACAUCACGGGGUUGGAAGGAAAGUACAAGAGCCCUUCGAAUGCAUUGAGGUUUCACAAUGUGGAGAUUUACCAAGAAGUGAUCAAGCACAUGCCGCCAGGCAUUGACCAGGAGUAUUUGAGCUUGCGUAACGCCAACGUGGUGCUCAAGUGA